AUGAGUGCUGAAGAACUCCUCGAUCAGCAGCUUCAGAUGAAGCACAGCAUCUCUCGAGCUCUCGAGAAUUUUAAGAAGACUGGCAGGAAAAAUCUGACCCCUGCCAAGAUUCGGUCGCGAAUGACGUCGCUCAAAGAGAACUGGAACCAGCUGAGAAAGGGGCACGCUUCCCUGUCAAAAAGGGCCAGUGCGGAGAUGAGAAGCCACCAUGAUUACUUCAACGGAGAUGUCCUUGACGAAGCCGAGGACGCCUUCCAAACAGCGAUGGACUACAUGACGGAAUGCUUGGAGGAACUGGAGCCGCCUGUGAGUCCUGCCAACUCCACCGAGAUAUCGUUCACCCGAGCUAAUCCGUCGGCGUUCUCGCUUUCCCACCUGCCUCCGAUAAAACUGCCACCCUUCGACGGGAAGUUCGAGGAGUGGGAGCAGUUUCGCGAUCGCUUUCAGUCGCUUAUCUCGGAAAAUAAAGAAUUGUCGAAUUUUUCGCGAAUGCAUUUUCUCGCCUCAUGCCUGAAGGGCCGCGCGCUGGAGAGUAUCGCAGACUUAUCGAUAACCGGCGAUAACUUCGAUAUAGCAUGGAAAACGCUCACAUCGCGAUUCGAGAGUAAACGUCGUAUCUUAAAUGUACAUUUGUCAGCAAUUCUCAAUCUUACGUCGCUCACUCGCGAAUCGUCGUCUGAACUCCAUUCGUUACGCGACAGAGUUCGCGUUGCCGUGUCCGCCUUGAGACAUAUCGACCGUACCCCGGAAGACUUGUGGAACGAUGUCCUCGUGCACAGUGUAGUGCAAAGGCUUGAUUCAGUCACGAGAAAGGCGUGGAACGUCAAGACGAGCGACAGCGACGAGCCUCCGCACUUUGACGAUCUAGAUAGAUUCUUGCUUGCUCGAGCCCGCGCGCUCGAGGAUUGUUCGUCGGCGAAGGCAAGCUCAAAAUCGACGGCGGGGCAAAAGAUUACCGUGUCAACCGCGUCUAAGACCGCUCCGGCAACCUGCCCGCUCUGCAAGGCACGACAUUUCAUGAGCGCUUGCCCGACGUUUACGGCCGGGAGUCCGAUCCAACGUCGCGAGCUCGUCAAGCAUCAUAAAAGAUGCUACAAUUGCCUCAGUCAGAGUCACGCAGUCGGAGAGUGUCAAAGUAAAUAUUCUUGUCGCACGUGUCAGCAACGGCACCACUCACUCUUACACGAUUCAUCGGACUCUCGCGCUGAUACGUCCGCCGCGGCUAGCGUCGCGAACGCGUCCCCGACGCCUCCGCCGCAUCAGCCCGUGGCUUCCGACACAACCAUUCAAUCUCUUUGCUCUUCUACACCUAAAGCUCGGUCACAAGUGCUCCUUGCCACGGCCUGGGUGACGGUGGGGGCUUCGUCUGGACGAUCUUUCGCCGUUCGAGCGCUGCUCGACCAGGGCUCCGAGAUGAUGACGUUCAUCUCGGAGUGUCUAGUGCAAAAUCUGCGCGCGAAGCGCAUCACCAUGCCCGUAGCCGUGUCCGCUAUCGGGGGUGUGCUCGCUGGAAACUUUAAUAAAGCCGUUGUGAUUUCGGUGUCGCCGCGCAAGUCGACCGCUCCGUCCCUUUCCGCGCCCGCAGUUAUCAUGCCUCAACUCACUUCGUACGCGCCGCGGAAGGUCAUCGAUUUGCAUUCUCUCUCUCAUCUCGCAAACUUAUCGUGGGCUGAUCCCGAUCCCGGCAGUGCCGAACCGAUUGACGUAAUCAUAGGCGCGGAUCUCUACGGAAGCGUAAUACUCGACGGGAUACGGAGGGGCGGUCAGGGCGACCCCAUCGCACAAAACUCUAUAUUCGGUUGGCUGAUCUCGGGUCCGGUGGGCCUCACUGCAUCGUCAAAUGCAUCCUCUGCUUGUUUAGCAACCGAUGCUCACCCCGCUGUCUCCGUGCACCACAUAUCGGUGUCUCCGUCGCUUGAUGCCGAACUACGGCGAUUCUGGGAGGUUGAAGAAGUCCCGCGGAAGGCGCUUCUCACUCCCGAGGAAAUUAGGUGCGAAAACCACUUUAUUCACACGCAUUCGCGCACUCCGGGGGGUCGCUACAUCGUGAGACUUCCGUUUAAGACGGAACUCCCGAUUAAUAUCGGGGCAACUCGAUUCAUCGCGGAAAAACAAGCCGAGUCCCUUUCGCGCCGAUUUCACGCAAAUCCCGUACUUUUCAAGGAAUACGCCGAAUUUCUUAACGAAUACGAGAGUCUCGGGCACAUGAGGCGGGUCCCCUUAGGAGAGCCGACGGACCAUUGCGUAUACAUCCCGCAUCAUCCGGUGUUACGUGAAUCGAGUGCUACAAGUCGACUUAGAGUCGUAUUUAAUGCGUCAAGUCGUUCGUCCAACGGAACCAGCCUUAAUGACCAUCUGCUACCCGGACCCAAAUUACAAUCGGAAUUCGCGUCGGUCAUUUUGAAGUGGCGCUCAUUCCGAUACGUGUAUACCGCGGACAUCGCGAAAAUGUUCCGGCAAAUUCUCGUUGAUCCAUUGGACACGCAGUAUCAACACAUUUUGUGGAAACCGAACGUUAACGAGGCUCCUAUCGAUUUCGAGCUCCUGACGGUGACGUACGGGAUGGCAUGCUCCCCGUAUGAGGCACUCCGCGUAAUUAAACAAGUAGCUUCCGACGAGGGGCACCGGUUCCCGUGCGCAAGGGCAAUCCUCUUAGAAAACAGCUACGUGGACGACGUUUGUUUUGGCUAUCAUAGAGUAUCGGAACUGCGUAAGAUUCGGGACGAAUUAACGGAGUUGCUUCGACGCGGAGGGUUCGAGCUCCGGAAAUGGGCGAGUAAUUCGGCCGAGCUCCUCUCGGACAUAGAUCCACAAAACCACGGGCUCGCGUGCACCAAACAACUGGCUCCGGAUGAAAACCUUAAGAUUCUGGGGAUCGGAUGGAAUCCACGCCUGGACGUUUUUCAGGUCUCCGUGUCCAUAGAUGAGAAGAUUCCGUCCACCAAGCGGACGGUAUUGUCGGCAAUCUCGCGCAUUUAUGACCCACUCGGGUGGGUCGUUCCCGCGACAAUCGCCGCGAAAAUCUUUAUGCAGCAGCUGUGGCAAGCCAAAGUCGAGUGGGACGAGGAGAUUCCGGCCUCGCUUGUCAGUAGAUGGAAAGCCAUCUAUUCUCGGUUGCCACAGUUGAACCAAGUGCGGCUCUCGCGUUGGACGUCCGUCGAAUCGGAAUUCGAGAGCGCCGAGCUCCACGGAUUCUCGGACGCCUCUAACUCCGCGUACGCAGCGGUCAUUUACUUAAGAGUUGUAUCGAGCUCGGGCGAUGUUACGAUUACGCUUCUCGCCGCGAAGUCACGCGUCGCUCCGGUAACUCCGCUUACCGUUCCUCGGUUGGAGCUCUCCGCGGCUGUACUGCUCUCUCGCCUCCUCGAGUUCGUUCGGGAGUCAAUAAAUUUUGAAAUUUCGUCCUGCACGUGCUGGACGGACUCAACCAUCGUUCUUGCCUGGCUGGACCGGCAUCCGUCGCAAUGGAAGACGUUCGUCGCGAACCGAGUAGCCGAGAUCCGAAACCGAGCUCCGAAUGCAGAGUGGCAAUAUGUGUCUACGCUCGAUAAUCCGGCGGAUUGCGCCUCGCGAGGACUCAUCAGUAACGAGCUGAUUAGUCAUCCGUUGUGGUGGCAUGGUCCGCCGUGGCUGAGUCUAUCAAAAGAAGCGUGGCCCCAAUUAGAGAAUUCUUUAACCGCCGAUGCACCUCUCGAGGAAAAGACAGGUCACGUCGCGAGCGAUCGUGUUGAAUGGCACUUCUUGCCGCCUUCCGCUCCGCAUUUUGGCGGUAUAUGGGAGGCCGGAGUGAAGAGCGUCAAGCACCACCUGCGGAGGGUCGUCGGGAAUCAAACCCUCACGUUCGAAGAACUCACCACGCUUUUGUAUAACGUAGAGGCGUGUCUGAAUUCGCGCCCGAUAGCCCCGCUCUCAGAUUCUUUCGACGAGGUCGAGUGCUUGACGCCCGGUCACUUCUUGAUCGGUGCUCCCAUCACGAUUCAUCCUGAACCGUCGCUACUCGCGCUAAAUGAAGACCGUCUAUCUCGCUGGCAACGUGUCCGGCAGUUAACCGAACGUUUUUGGAAACUGUGGGCGGCCGACUACGUGAACACGUUGCAACAACGACAGAAGUGGAGAAAAUCAACGCCGUCGUUAAAACCCGGCCAAAUGGUCCUUUUACGAAACCCUCUCCUCCCACCAUGCAAAUGGGAACUUGGCCGAGUGAUUCGUUGUCACCCCGGGAAGGAUGGGCUCGUUCGAGUGGUGACCGUCAAGACCGCCACAUCGGAGUUCAAGCGACCCCUCGGCAAGCUUUGUCUUUUGCCGGUUGAGUGCGAAGCCUGA